AUGAAACAAUCAAUUAUUCAACAUAUUCAAUCUUGUUUACCUUGUCAACAACAUAAUAUUAGUCGUACAAAGAAACCAGGUCGACUUAAUUCAAUUCCAACUCCAGAGGAACCAUUUCAAUUAAUAGGUAUUGAUUAUUGUGGUCCGUUCAAACCAACACCUCAUGGUAAUCAAUAUGUAUUAUGUAUUACUAAUUAUUUUACAAGAUGGAUGACUGCAAUAGCUUUACCUGAUUGUUCAGCAGAAACCACGGCUCCAGCAUUAUUUAAUAAUUAUAUUUGUCAAUAUGGUGUACCAUUAGCUAUAUUAUCUGAUCAAGGUACUCAUUUUAAAAAUCAACUUAUGGAAUCCAUAGCAAAAUUAAUUGGUAACAAUCAUAUUUUUUCAAGUAUUUAUCACCCACAACGUAAUGAGAUGAUUGAACGUUUUAAUGCGACAUUCGUUCCUCAAAUUGUUAAACUUCAAGAUCUAGAAAAUAACAAUUGUGAUGAAUUCCUAUCACCAGUGAUAUUUGCUUACGACAUCAGCAUCCAUGCAACGACUAAUUAUUCACCAUUUCAACUACAGUUUGGUCGAAAGCCACGUUUAUCUAUUAAUGAACCUUCAUCAUCAUUUACUUUCAAUAAACCAAAUGAUUAUUAUGUACAAUUGAAAAAAAAUCUGUUGAUAAUACAACAACACGCACGUGAUAAUAUUAUUCGUCGACAACGACAAUACAAAAUUAAUUAUGAUAAACAAUGUCCAGAUCCACAUUAUGAAAUCAAUGAUCCAGUACUGAUUAAAAUUCAUGGAAUAAAGAAAAAAUUAGAACCAAAAUAUUCGAUUACACCAAAAAUAAUUAUUACGAAACGACAUCCAAUUUAUUGGGUCAACGAAGAAAAAACACAGGUCGAAUCCAGAGUACAUGUUAACGAUAUUCGACCUAUUCUUAUUUUAAAAUCAACAUGA